AUGGCCAAGUUUUCUUCUCUUGAUGUUCUGCUGAAAGGCAGCUCCGGCCAGAGCACACGCGGUCUCCUGCGGAUCGUCAUCCUGUUAACUAUUGCAGCUGCCGCCGUCGCCAGUCGACUUUUCAGUGUUAUCCGUUUCGAAAGUAUUAUUCACGAAUUCGAUCCCUGGUUCAACUUCCGAGCCACAAAAUACUUGGUCGAGAAUGGCUUCUACAGUUUCUGGGACUGGUUUGACGACCGGACAUGGCAUCCCCUGGGUCGUGUCACUGGUGGCACCUUGUACCCCGGUCUUAUGGUGACCAGCGGCGUGAUUUACCACAUCCUGCGCUUCUUGACAAUCCCCGUUGAUAUCCGAAAUGUCUGUGUUCUGCUCGCCCCCGCUUUCUCUGGCCUGACAGCACUGGCCAUGUAUCUCUUGACUUGUGAGAUGUCGACCUCGCCAUCAGCUGGUCUUCUGGCUGCGGCGUUCAUGGGUAUUACCCCAGGUUAUAUCUCUCGGUCCGUGGCUGGUAGCUACGAUAACGAGGCCAUUGCCAUUUUCCUGUUGGUCUUCACGUUUUACCUGUGGAUCAAGGCCGUCAAGAAUGGUUCAAUUAUGUGGGGAGCUCUGACUGCCUUGUUCUACGGAUACAUGGUGUCUGCUUGGGGUGGCUAUGUCUUUAUCACCAACCUUAUCCCCCUCCACGUUUUCGUUCUUAUUUGCAUGGGUCGAUACAGCUCUCGCACCUACAUUGCCUACACCACGUGGUAUGCACUGGGAACGCUGGGCAGCAUGCAGAUUCCCUUCGUGGGAUUCUUGCCCAUCCGUAACAGUGACCACAUGUCCGCGCUCGGAGUCUUUGGCCUUAUUCAGCUCGUGGCAUUUGCGGACUUCAUUCGGGGAUUCCUUCCCGGUAAGCAGUUCCAGAAGCUGCUUACUUCGAUGAUUCUGCUUAUCGUCGGUCUUGGCUUCGGUGGUCUGAUUCUGCUCAGUGUUUCGGGUGUUAUCGCCCCAUGGAGUGGUCGUUUCUACUCUCUGUGGGAUACUGGUUACGCCAAGAUUCACAUUCCAAUCAUUGCAUCAGUCUCCGAACAUCAGCCUACCGCUUGGCCUGCUUUCUUCUUCGAUUUGAACUUCCUAAUCUGGCUUUUCCCCGCUGGUGUGUUCUUGUGCUUCCAGAAGCUCAAGGACGAACACGUGUUCGUGAUCAUCUACGCGGUGCUCUCAAGCUACUUCGCUGGUGUUAUGGUCCGUCUGAUGCUGACUCUCACUCCGAUUGUCUGUGUCGCCGCUGGCCUUGCCCUGUCAGGUGUGCUUGAUCAGUUCCUGGUGAUGUCGAAGCCUACUGCUGAGACCAAGGCCAAGGCCAAUGCAAAGGACUCCAAAGCCUACGGCAAGAUGAGCUCCCCCGUUGUUGGUAUUUACUCGUACUUCUCCAAGGCCUUCGUUUCAGGCUCGAUGACUCUGUACUUGCUCAUGUUCGUUGCGCACUGCACCUGGGUUACCUCGAACGCAUACUCGUCUCCCUCGGUUGUUUUGGCCAGUCGCUUGCCUGAUGGAAGCCAGCACAUCAUCGAUGAUUACCGCGAGGCCUACUACUGGCUCCGUCAGAACACCCCUGAUAAUGCCAAGAUCAUGUCCUGGUGGGACUAUGGCUACCAGAUUGGUGGUAUGGCUGACCGCCCCACCCUGGUCGACAACAACACUUGGAACAACACCCACAUUGCCACCGUUGGUAAGGCCAUGAGCUCUCGCGAGGAGGUCAGCUACCCGAUCCUCCGUCAACACGAUGUUGACUACGUUCUGGUUGUGUUCGGUGGUUUGCUGGGUUACUCCGGCGACGACCUGAACAAGUUCUUGUGGAUGGUCCGUAUCGCCGAGGGUAUCUGGCCCGAUGAGGUCAAGGAGCGUGAUUACUUCACUGCUCGUGGCGAGUACCGUGUCGACGAUGAGGCUACUCCCACCAUGAAGAACAGCCUGAUGUACAAAAUGUCUUACUACAACUACCAGUCUCUGUUCCCUCCCGGUCAAGCCGUUGACCGUGUCCGUGGGACGAAGGUGCCAACCGAAAGCCCUACCCUCGAUACUAUGGAGGAGGCUUUCACCAGUGAGAACUGGAUUAUCCGUAUCUUCAAGGUCAAGGAUCUCGACAACCUCGGCCGUGACCACAGUAACGCCGUUGCCUUCGACAAGGGUCUGAAGCGCAAGCGUGCUGCCAAAAGAAAGGGCCCUCGCGUUCUGAGAACCGAGUAG